AUGUCCGGUUCCAUGCCGGGUCCCGAGUGCGCGGGCUGUCAAAAGCCCAUUCGCGAGCGGUUCCUGCUCAAGGCGCUGGACCAGCUGUGGCACGAGGACUGCCUCAAGUGCGCCUGCUGCGACUGCCGCCUCGGAGAGGUCGGCUCCACCCUCUUCACAAAGGCCAACCUCAUUCUCUGCAAGAGGGACUACCUCAGGUUAUUCGGCACCACCGGGCUAUGCUCAGCGUGCAACAAGACCAUCCCAGCCUUCGAGAUGGUCAUGAGAGCACGCGGCAACGUCUAUCACCUGGAGUGCUUUGCCUGCCAGCAGUGCAACCACAGGUUCUGCGUGGGCGACCGCUUCUACCUACACGAGAAUCGCAUCCUCUGCGAGUACGACUACGAGGAGCGAAUGAUCUUCGCUAACAUGCCGUACUUCGGCGGUGCCGGUGGCGCUGGCACCGGAGGAAUGCCGGGGCCAGGGGCCGGCGGACCAAUGGGUCUCAACCAUCACCACGGCCCACCGCCACCCGGAAUGACGUCGGCCUCGGGAGGUGGUCUCGGGGGCCAGCCCAAGCGAUUGCCAGGACAGACACCGCCUGUGCCCGUGCCCCCGAUGGCUGGACCCGGUGUACAGGGAGCACCCCCUGGCCCGUCCGGAGCGGCACCUCCGGGGUCUCUGCCCAACGGCACGGCAGGUCACCACAUGACGGACGGUGCGGACCAUCUCUCGGGUGGUGUCCACACCGUGGGACACCCUUCGGCGCACACUAGUGGUCCCUUCGGGAACCAGCCACCCGGCACAGAGUCCAUGCUGGAAGCCAAGUGAAACCAGACUAUGCCGCCGUUGUCAAGGCUGGGAAUCCUUCAAGAUAGCACCGCCUCGAUCUACUGGCCUGGUGUAAUGGAAGGCGUUUUCAUUAGUGAAACUAUCGUUCAUUCCUGUCAAACGGUGCCACCGUAAUGAAGAGAACUUGGGGAUAAAAGUCUAGGCUAGGCAUCGGUUGGUUUUCUCGGAUAAGUGUGAGACAUUUGCGUUUUAAAUAUCAAGAAAAAAAAAGAAUCGUUUUAUGAUACAAACCCCGAUACACACAUUACUAUUGCGAGUUUUCACGUUUGAAGAUGAGGGUGUCUGAUUGAACACUGCAUUGGGGUUUAUUCUUUUUCUCUCAUUCUUUCUUUCUAUCUUUCUUUUGUCGCCAGUAGCACGUUUUGAGUAAAUGCAUGUAAUGUUUCAAGACUAGCAUAGAGUAAAAAAAAAAACGGGAAGAAGUACUAUCGCGUUCAACAGUACUUGCUGCACAAGAGCUGAGAAUGGAGCUCACGGAGCAGGUGGCCGCCAAUGUGUGAGACUCCUGGAAAAAUUGAAAUGCUGAAGAUACCAGCAGUCCACCGAUGCGUAUACCCCGCUCACGUUAUUGUGCGUUUGUAUCUUGGACUAAUUUGGUGAUAGGAUCGGACUACGUGAGUCAGCAAUCUUGUCAUUGAGCGAAUACACGCUGUGACUGCCUCAUUAAUAAUGAUUCAUUUCCCUUUGUUUAUUGGGCCUCAAUAUAUCGUUGCAUAGUACAUGAUGACGUUAACUGAUAGCGGGACACGGUGCGUUAGUUCACGUCAGCCGAUCACUGUAGUCAUCGGCUAUUAUCUCGCUCAAUAAUUGCUCCCGGCUAAACUGCAAAAUGGAAAAAAAAGAACUAGCGAUUGUUCCGUAAUCGAAUACAACUGAUGAGCGAAGGUUAGUAGAAGCGGGACGCAAACGAUUCUGCGCCUGGUCUCACCGCUGGCUUUUAUGAGUGGCUGAUAGGUUGGGGAGCGGGUAGGGAGAGCGUCUGUAACGCUCGGUGGCGGGAACGACUGAGCAAGUGAGCGUGCGGCGCGCGCAGCGCAGGGCGAGCCAGCCCAGGAAGCAGAUCUACCACUGAGUGGAACCCCGAAAAUGCCCCGCGUUUGAAGGCAACAGGGCGAAGCGAUGGUUUCGCACGUUCGCUGGUAUGAGGGGAGAGGGCAUAGUAAAAGAAGGAAGGAGAGGGGUUCAGGUGAGAAAUGGGGCAAGCGGUAAUGCAGCGGGGAGCUUCGACGACGACGGCGGCGACUGUGGGCAGCGGGCUUAAAAACCUUCCCUUUAAACCCAAAAAACAAAAAAAAACGAAUAAAGAGGCACGGCAGCGUUGGGGCAUGAGGAAGCAUGUUAUACUAAAGGCGAGUAAUGUCGUGCGAGUUCGCGCAGUAAGGUAAUAUUGCCGCUUCGACGAGAAGCAGCAGCUGAUCCAUAAGCAGGACGAGGAGGUAUGCGCAUUGCAGGACACACAAUACCCUUUUCUUCAUUGAUUUCGUGAGCAUGUUUCGUAAAAAUAUCUCGCGUUUGCGCAGCCAUCUCGGACACUAGCACCCCCCGCCACAUCACGCGUUGCAUUUGUGCGCGCGAGUACAUAUGAUUAGGCGAUAAUUCUGGGAAGAAAGUAUGACGUGUGCAAUUGUCACUUUAUGACAUUACUCCAGCAGAAUCAGAAUCUCCGGUUAGCAGUGUUGCGAUCAAACAAGCAGUAGGUGCAGCACUGUGUUCUUUCACGCGCUAAACAAGCGCCGUUGAAACAGUAGUUCAGUGUGCAAAUUUGCUAACGCCGUUUUGGUACGCAAUCAUCCGCGCUAUGGCUUAAAACAGUCAAUUUGUUGUAGAGUGUAAAGUCGCCCCCUUAAGCAAGCAAGAUGAUGUAGGAACUGAAGCAACUGAAACAUGAAAUUGCGUGUUGGUGUAUUUUGCAGUAAUGCAUUUGUGCACUUACUCAUAUGUGUAUACGUGCGUUCCUUAUAGCUUAUUCGGUUCAAAGGUCCAGAAAAGGCUAAAACAUGAAAUUCAGAAAAAAAGGCAGACUACAGCUUUGGUUCUAAUAGAUGUCGAAGCCUUUGUACGAACAUCAAUCUCUAAUCAAUAUCAUCACGUAUUUGUUUGUAGGCUUUUUUUUCGCAUUGAAAGAAAAAAGACAAACUUUCGCUGUUGAAGCCGUUUGCGUUCUUCGCACAUGUGAAAGAUUACUGGACUCUGCCAGCACUAUAAAAAAUGACACAUGCACUUUACCAACAAUGGGCGCAGUACUGAGCCAUUUCUGUUACGCUUGUGGGAAAAAAUAAUCUCAUUUUUUCUGAGGAAGGUGACGGGUAUUCUUUAUUUUAGGAAUUAUAUUUUUUCCCCGAAAGAUGGUUGACGAUGGAUGCCAACGCCGUAACUUUUUGACAAAAGUCAUUCUUCUCAAAAACAUUUGGUUCGGUGAUGCGUGUUUGCUCACUUUUGGCGACAGGUACUUUUAUAUAUAUAUAUAUCGCCGAAAAAGUUCACGCAGGUGAAUGCCGUAAGAACAGUCUUAACUGUGACGAAUGCAAUAGGCUGAGUGGGAAAUGAGAUUUCAUUGAUACGUG